CCUACUUUAGUGUUUAGAAGCCAACGUAGCUAAAUCAUCUGACGGAAACCAUGGAAUGGUUUCCUUCUGCAAUUUGGGUAGUUGUAGGCUUCCUCGUUAUAGUUUACCUUUAUUUUCAAAGAAAAUUUUCUUAUUGGAAAGAUCGUGGUGUUCCGCACGUAGAGCCAUCAUUUCCCUUGGGAAAUAUCUCUUGGAAUCGAAGUGUUAAUUUGAAAGAAGUUUUCGGAAAAUUAUACAGUCUUAGACAUGGAGCUCCUUUUGUUGGGGGAUACUUUUCAUUUCAGCCGAUGGUAGUAGCGACUGAUUUGGAUUUCGUAAAAGACGUACUAGUGAGGGACUUCAACAGUUUCCACGGACGCGGUUUUUAUUCAAAUGAGAAAGAUGAUCCCAUCUCAGCACAUUUGUUUUCUUUGGAUGGACCAAAGUGGAGAUCACUUCGAAUGAAACUCACGCCAACAUUCACUUCUGGAAAGAUGAAGUACAUGUUCCCGAGCAUCGUUGAGGUUUCAGAACGGUUCAAUCAAACGUUGGGUGAAAUAUUAAAUGAAGAUAGUGAUUUGGAUGUGAAGGAAAUGCUUACUCGGUUUACGACCGAUGUCAUUGGGACAUGUGCCUUUGGAUUAGAGUGCAACAGCCUAAAAGACCCAAAUUCUGAUUUCCGUAAAUAUGGUCGUAUGGUGUUUGACACAUCAGGAAUCAAGUCAGUCAAGCGGACUAUUAUGCAACUCCCGAAACUGGCUGCCCUGCUACGUUUGGCGCCAUUCAACAAGGAGAUGAACAACUUUUUCCUAGGUAUAGUACGUCAAACCAUCGAACACAGAGAGAAAAAUAAUAUAAGGCGCAAUGACUUUAUGGAUCUGCUGAUAGAUUUGAAAAAUAAUGACACUUUAGAUGAUCAAAAGAAAAUCAAAUUGGAAAAGCUCACUCUGGAACAAGUGACCGCCCAGGCAUUCGUUUUCUUCAUCGCUGGAUUCGAAACCUCAUCCACAACGAUGAUGUUUGCCUUAUACGAACUGGCGCUACAUCUAGACAUCCAGGAGAAGUUACGUUAUGAAAUAAAUGCUGUAUACACGAAACAUGGAGGCCGUUUGACCUAUGAAGCUAUAAAGGAGAUGGUGUAUUUGGAACAAGUGAUCAAUGAAUCUUUACGAAAGUAUCCACCUGCUGUCGCAUUACGUCGUACAGCCCAAGAGGAUUACAAAGUUGCAAACACAAAGCUGGUUAUAGAGAAAGGAACAACUGUAGUAAUUCCCGCUUAUGAGAUUCAUCAUGAUGAACGUUAUUAUCCAAAUCCGGAAAAGUUCGAUCCUGAUCGUUUUCUCCAAGAAGUAUGGAAAACCCGGCAUCCAAUGUCAUUUUUGAGCUUUGGCGAAGGUCCUAGAAAUUGUAUCGGCAUGAGAUUCGGCAGGAUGCAAUCUCGAGUGGGCCUCGCAAUGCUUCUGAAGCACUACCGAUUUGAAAUAUCAGAGAAAACACCAAUUCCAAUUGAAUUUUCACGAGUAACUCCGGUAUUAGGACCCACCGGCGGAAUGUAUUUGAAGGUUAUGAAAAUUUAAAUUCAUAAGAUCCUCAAGCUAUUGUGAUUAUCCUUUGGAUUAUAUCAGGUUUCUCAAUUUCACUAAUAAAGUCUACUAUAUCAGUAGUGAUAAUCAAAA